AUGGCCAAGAAGGCGCGUCAAAGGAUAGCAUAUGUCCUUGAAGUAGCCGGCUCACAGGCUGGGGGUCACAAACUUGGCGUCAAUGGCCUGGCUGCCGAUCGCGACAAAUCCAUCCUUUACUCUGGCGGCCGCGAUGGCAUUGUCUGCGCAUGGGACCUCAACCUCGACCUUAAGUCACCAUUCUCCUCAACUUCGGCUCUCGACUCGGCCGCCCCCAAUGGCACCUCCGCGCCCGAACCAAAACAAACCUCCAAGUUCCGCAGCCAGAUAUUAGCUCACACCCACUGGAUCAACGACAUAUGCCUCGCCGAUUCUAACAACGCCCUAGUCUCUGCCUCCUCCGAUCUGACCGUGAAAGUAUGGCGUCCCCACACAGACACUACGGCCGAGCCCGUCACCAUCGGCCAGCAUGCCGACUACGUUAAGUGUGUGGCUACACCGAGCCCAUCCACCAGCUGGGUCGCAUCGGGCGGGCUUGACAGAAAGAUUUAUCUCUGGGACCUGAACGGGGGCGGCAAGACGCUCGAGAUCGACGUCAGCGGCGAGGAGAUCACGGAGAAGGGCUCCGUCUACGCUCUCAGCGUAAACCACAGCAUCCUCGCCAGCGGCGGGCCCGAGUCCACGCUUCGCUUGUGGGACCCACGGUCCGGCAAGCGCAUAACAAAGUUCGUCGGACACACGGACAACGUCCGCUCAAUUCUGGUCAACGAGGCCGGCGACACCGUCAUGACGGCCAGCUCUGACCAGACGGUCAAGGUAUGGAGCGUCACGGCCGGACGGUGCAUGCACACAUUGACCAUGCACAACGACAGUGUCUGGUCUUUGUAUUCAGAGGAUCCGGGGCUGGAGGUCUUUUAUAGCAGUGACCGCUCGGGCAUGGUCGUAAAGACUGAUGUCAGAGGCACAUUUGGGGAGCUGGAUGAAGGUUUGUCUGUUGCUAUUGCGCAGGAGAACGACGGUGUGAGCAAGGUUCUGGCUUGUGGAGGUCACAUCUGGACGGCGACGGCAACAUCAUCCAUCAACCGGUGGCUGGACGUCGAGACCAGCCAGGAUGCGCUGCCUGAGGCUUUUAGGCAACAUCGGGGGUCUGUUUCGACGCACAUCUCCGCUAAUAGGCCGAUGGAAGGUUCAGUAUCACCACCUACCGUUGCUUCUGCUGCGCCCGGCGUCAAGGAGAUACCCGCCAAAUCUAUCCUGAGGAUAUCCAACACAGCUGUGUAUCCUGCAGUGCCUUUUAUCAGCUCCGAAGCCAAUGAGCCGCCGGAACCUGGGCUUUCCAGGAAAGAGUCUGAAAUAAUACUUGAUACCUCGGUCCCUGCCGCGGAGCCGAUGCAGCAUCUCCCUGCGGAAACGAUCGAGGGACAGUUCGGACUGGUUAAGCACCGUCUGCUAAACGAUCGUCGCAGAGUGUUGACACUUGACACGGCAGGGGAAGUACUGCUAUGGGACCUUAUCAAUUGCCGACCCAUUCAAAAAUUCGGAAAGAGGCACUUAGAAGACGUGGAGCCCGAGGUCAACACCAUUGACGCCACAGCUCCUUGGUGUUCGAUAGACACAAGCUCAGGUAAUCUAACCGUGGUACUCGAACCGUUUAAUUGCUUCGAUGCCGAGAUGUAUGCCGAUCAGCUUGUAACCGAGGAGCCGCUAGAAUUCAGGGAGGAUCAGAGGAUAAACCUUGGCAAAUGGAUCCUGAGGUAUUUAUUUGCAAACCUGGUGGAUGAGGAAAUCAGGCGAGAUGAGGCCUUUAGAGCUACGCUCAAUGAGGGAGUAGAAAAGAGGAUAGCGGCUGCGAAAGCGAACCCGCCCACGUCAAUCACCAUCCCAGAGUAUACGGCAACAGAGGGGUCUGCAGAAGGCACCACUCCGCGCGCCAACGGUGCACCAAUACCGACGACGCCAGGGCUUGGGAUAGGUCUCGCAACACCAGCCCCCGGGCGUACCUCACUGGACCCAUCAACGCCGGUAGACAAGAGGUCAUCCCAAGCCAGCCGGGCGUCGGGAGAGAAGGAAGACUACUUUUCAAACGCCAUCUCGGCAGUGGACGCAGGGAACAAGCCAGUGGGAACACCGGCGACAGCUCCCACAGAAGCGCCGCAGACUCCUGCCGUUGCGGAGCCCAAGACGCCAGCCGGUGAGAACGGGAAGGAUGGAAAAGAGAAUGGCAAAUCGCCAGCGCUGGGGUUGAAGAAGUGGAACUUUAAAAUACCCAAAAUCAGCCGAUCUGGGUCAGCAACAGCAGCAGAAAAGCCCGUGGUCAAACAAGCACCCCAAGAGGAUGAAAACAAAUCCGAUGGUGGGGGGACGGCGGGGUCAGAAACGUCAUCCAAACAUGAAAAGGAGGUCGAUGACAGCUUCCACGGUGUGGUGCAAAAAAUACGAAACGAAUACGAGAAGCAGUUGGCCGAGGUUCCCGACAAACUGAUCGAAAGCAAGGUAGCGCCGUCGCUGCCAUCCGAAACGCCGGUGCUCAAAUUACCGGCCAAUACCAAAAUCAUUAUCCAGGAGGAAACGUCUGGCGGCAGCGCGGAGCUCUACCGGGGUACGGUGGGCACGGUAGGCGCGGACGUGGAUACAAUCGAACAGGUGGCUCCCAUGUGGCUCGGGGACGUACUCCUCUGUAACACGCUACCGGUCAAGGAGCCGCACAAAGUAUCAUUCAUCCUGAACCCAUACAAGGACGAGCUCCCGCAUAUCGCAGCGCAGGAUGGGAAUAACAGGCUCAACGCGAACCGUAUGUUGAGGGUCAGAAAGAUCCUGGCGUACGUAGCGGAGCGGCUGGAGGAGGAUGAGGAGGUUGACGAGAACGACGAGGCCAAGAAAGAGCGGAUGAAGCCUGAGGAAUAUCUGGAGCUUUGGUGCAAUGAUCAGUUGCUUCCCGUGACGAUGACCUUGGCGACGCUUCGAGCGCGAGUCUGGAGGGGCGGGGCGGAUGUGGUUCUCUUUUACCGGUCGAACGGCAAAAAGGAAUUGAAGCUGAGACCACCACCGCCGCCUGUAGAGCCGGCAAAAGAGGAAAACAAAGACGAGGAAGAGCAAGAGAAGCCUGCUUCGAAGCCGGCAGUAGUUGCAACGACGACGACUGCUGCUUUUGCGGCAGCGUUGAAAUGA